AUGGCUUCUCCUGAGGUCCACCAUCUUUUCCAUUCCCCCAUUGCAGACCAUUCCUUCUCUCAAGACAAGGGUACUCUGGCUGUUGCUCGAGAGAGCAAUGUGGAGCUCUAUCAGUUGUCAGGCAACAAGUUUGCUCUGAAAGAUGAAUUGAGAGGCCACGAGAAAACUGUUACCGGUGUCGAUAUAGCCCCAAACAGUGGUCGCAUCGUUACUUGUUCUCAAGACCGCAAUGCCUAUGUCUGGGAGCGUACAGCCAGUGGUUGGAAGCCUACGCUCGUGCUUCUCCGAAUCAACCGUGCUGCCACAUUUGUACGAUGGUCCCCUUCCGAGCAAAAAUUCGCUGUCGGUUCCGGAGCCCGAGUGAUUGCCGUGUGCUACUUCGAAGAAGAGAACGACUGGUGGAUCUCAAAGCACCUCAAGAAGCCAAUCCGCAGUACUAUUACCACCCUCGCAUGGCACCCAAACUCGGUCCUUUUGGCCGCUGGAUCUUCUGAUUCUCACGCAAGAGUACUGUCGAGUUACAUCAAGGGCGUUGAUGAGAGGCCAGAGCCCUCGGCUUGGGGUGAACGUCUCCCGUUCAAUACCGUCUGUGGCGAGUUCUUGAACGACUCUGCUGGUUGGGUGCAUGGUAUUGCUUUUUCACCGAGCGGAAAUGCUUUGGCAUUUGCGUCCCACGACAGCAGCGUAACUGUCGUAUACCCUAGUGCUCCUGACCAGCCGCCAAGGGCAAUGCUAAAUAUUAGUACUCGCCUACUACCAUUUACCAGCCUUAUCUGGAGUGGUGAAGAUCAAAUCAUCGCUGCAGGUCAUGACUGUGAAGUAUAUCGACUUCGCGGUGAUGAGAAUGGCUGGCAAUUAGUCGGAUCUUUGGAAAGCAAGCGUAGCCCAUCUGGGGGCGUCCGGGAGGAGUCUGCCUUGAAUAUGUUCCGUCAAAUGGAUCUUCAUGGCCAGACUCGAAGCAACACCCAACUUGACACAGUCCACCAGAACGCCAUCAACACCCUUCGUGUCUAUGAAGAACACGGUGGUGUCGUAAAGAAGUUUACUAGAACGGUACAGUACAAUCAAUCGGGAGAUGCAUUCAUAUCGAAGACUAUGGAGAGCAUCAAGUAUUCACUACUCAGUCUGCUGCGAUGUCUCGCAAUACUUUCAUUUGCAACUACCCCAUCGAUCAAGGCCGACGUGAUCCUCAACGAUACUUUGUCACAGCAGCGAUACACAACGAAUAGGUCGGUAUCUGCGACCUUGUUUGCCGAGCUCGAGGAAUCAGCACGACUAGCGGAUAUCGCUUAUUGUGUUGGUACUACUGGGAUUUAUAGCCCGUUCGGAUGUCUGAGUCAUUGCGAGGAGUUUAACGGGUUUGAAUUGAUUACGACCUGGAACACAGGGCCAUUGCUAUCCGACUCGUGUGGUUAUAUCGCUCUAUCGCACCCGCCUUUCGCGAAACGAAUCAUCCUUGCCUUUCGUGGAACCCACUCGUUAACGAACACCAUCGUCGAUCUAUCAGCCGUUCCGCAGACCUACGUGCCAUACCCCGCGGACGGCGAUGAUGAUAAUGCCUUUGAAGGCAUCUUAGAAGCGAGAAAGUGCCACAACUGUGCAGUCCAUGCUGGAUUUUGGACGUCGUGGAAAAAUUCCCGGGACACGGUGCUUUCUGCAGUUACUCAAGCUCGGGAGCAAUACCCAGACUAUGAAGUGACUCUCAUUGGACACUCUCUCGGCGGUGCGGUAGCAGCUCUGGCGGGCCUGGAGAUGUAUGCUCGAGGAUUUGAUCCGCUAGUUACGACAUUCGGAGAACCGAAAAUAGGGAAUGACAAAAUGGCCGAGUUUAUCGAUGCGAUAUUCAGUCUCUCUUCUCCACUAGAGGGGCCCCAAACUGAUGGUAAUGAUGGUGGUGGUAUGUUGAUGCGGUAUCGACGCGUGACGCAUGUUAAUGAUCCUGUUCCACUUUUACCUCUGGCGGAAUGGGGAUAUGCACCGCAUGCGGGUGAAAUAUAUAUUUCCAAGCUUGAUCUACCCCCUUCAAUUGCUGAUCUCGAACUUUGCACUGGCAGUGCCGACAGCCAUUGUAUCGCCGGGGCUGAGGGCGAUGGUAACGAAAAAGCCAAGAUGAUCUCUUCUCUUGCUUCGAUUCCGCAGCAGCAGUUGCAGCUUGAGGAGCUUGAAAUGGAGGAGUUGAAAGCACAAUGGUCCUUUCUACCAGCUAGGUAUCGUAUUUGGGAACUAUUCCUUGCUCAUAGAGACUAUUUCUGGCGGAUCGGUCUUUGCGUUCCGGGAGGGGAUCCAGGUUGGUGGAGAUGGUAG